AUGGAAGAAACAAAUAAAACUGCAAGGAUACAGUUCUUUUUUCGUCCCUUCUCAGCGGACCCUAAGGUGCAGGUGGUGAUUUUUGUGGCCUUCCUGGCGAUGUACCUGGCCAGCAUCAGUGGAAACGCCAUCAUUGCACUGACUGUCCAGAUCAACCACUCCCUCCGCACCCCCAUGUACUUCUUCCUGGCUAACUUGGCAUUUCUGGAAAUCUCCUAUACCUCUUCCAUCGCCCCGUUGGCCUUGGCAAACCUCCUUUCAAUGGGCAAAACUCCUGUUUCCAUCACCGGAUGUGGUACCCAAAUGUUUUUCUUUGUCUUCUUGGGCGGGGCUGAUUGUGUCCUGCUCGCAGUCAUGGCUUACGACCGGUUUGUAGCAAUCUGUUACCCACUACGAUACACCCUCAUCAUGAGCUGGCCCUUGUGUGUGGGGCUGGUGGUGGGGUCCCUGGUGCUGGGGUUCCUGCUGUCGCUACCGCUGACUGUUUUAAUCUUCCGUCUCCCGUUCUGCAACAACAACGAAAUCUACCACUUCUACUGUGACAUGCCUGCAGUCAUGCGCCUGGCUUGUGCAGACACGCGCGUUCACCAGACCGCCCUGUGUAUCAUCAGCUUCACCGUCCUAAGCCUCCCCCUCUCACUGAUCUCCGUCUCCUACGUCUUCAUCAUGGCGGCUGUUUUACAGAUCCGGUCAGCAGGAGGGCGCCACCGAGCCCUCUCCACCUGCUCCUCUCACAUCUUCGUGGUCCUCCUGCAGUAUGGCUGCACCAGUUUUAUAUACUUGUCCCCUAGCUCCAGCUACUCUCCUGAGAUGGGCCAGGUGGUGUCUGUGGUCUACACUUUUAUCACUCCCGUUUUAAACCCUUUGAUCUACAGUAUGAGGAACAAGGAAUUGAAAGAUGCCCUCAGGAAGGCGCUGAGAAAGUUCUUUGUAGGAUGGUUCUAUGACUUAUUUAAAUCAGGACACAUGUGA